AUGGCUUUUCUUAAUAAUACAAACACACAAAAACACAAAAGAAGUCUCGACGAAAAACCAAAAAGGAAAAAACGGGCAAAAAAAGAAAUGACUGAAGAACCCGAAAAUAAUAAUAAAAAUGAAGGAUUUGACUUGAUAAAUUCUUUAAUUGAUUUAAAUGAAGGAAAUUUAACAACUGAUGAUUCUCCUUCAGAUUUGACAAUGCUUGAUGCUGAAUUUGGGAAUAAUAUUGGAGGAGAAAAUCUUGUUAAUAAUGAUGAGGAUAGCGGGAAUGAAGGUCUACAAAUUAUUGAGGAUGCUGAAUCUGCUGAAAAUGUUAUAGAAGAACAACAACCAGUUAAUAAUAAUACUAAUAAUGAUGAAAACACUAAAAAUAAUAAUAAUGAAGAUGCUAAUAAAAGUGUUGCAACUGCUAUAAUUCAUGAGACACCAAACAAAACAAUAGACACAACAAAAACGUUUACUUCUAUUAAUGAUACCACCACCACUACCAUUUUGGAAGACCCAACUGAAGAUGAUUCUCUUUUAUUAGGAAAAAUGGUUGUUUGUACUCAUCGAAUUUUAAAAUCUGAAGGGAUGGAUUGUGAAGCUAUUGGUUUAGAAAAAAGUGUUUACGAAUUAUUAAUAAAUUAUAAACAAAUGAGGGCAGAAUAUGCCAAGAAAAUUAAAGGAGAGAAGUGA